AGCCACCACGUGACAAGCAGUGGUUUCGACUGGUCACCACGACAAAUGGUAUGACGAUGGCUGACUCGAAUUACGAAAGAGUAGACGUUUUUUUCAGGGGCAAUUUUCCAAGCAAGGCCGCUGCGUUCGCUAGAAAACGUCGAACAUUUUCAUUUUUGUUAUUCUGUGCAUACAGCAGCAAACGCACGAUGGUCUACGACAUUAAGUGGAUUAUACCAAAGUUAAAAAGUCCAACCAAGCUAUGGAAUUUUGCAAGUACCCUUACCUUUGCUGCAGUAGGAAUUGUUUCGAAAAUAAUAAUCAAUUGGCUCAAUAAGACGACAGUUUAUAACGGACACAUUCUCACAAAUGCGUUGGACAAGAGGCCACGGAAUGUCCCACUCAUAACAGUCUCCAAUCAUCAUAGCUGCUUUGAUGAUCCUGGCAUAUGGGCAACUCUGGAUUUUCGGCAUGUACUGAAAAGGCGGACAAUGAGAUGGUCACUGGCAGCACACGAUAUUUGUUUUACAAACUCGUGGCAUUCGUAUUUUUUUAUGUUAGGAAAGUGCAUACCGAUAGUCAGAGGCGAUGGAGUCUAUCAAGAAGCCAUAAAUUUUUGUAUAGAAAAAUUAGGCUGCGGUGACUGGAUCCAUGUUUUCCCAGAGGGAAAAGUAAAUAUGAUAAAGGAACACAUAAGGUUAAAAUGGGGAAUAGGAAGACUAAUACUUGAAUCACCUAUCACACCUAUUGUCGUGCCAAUUUAUCAUGUAGGAAUGGAUGAUGUAUUACCCAAUGAACCGCCUUACAUCAUUAAGUUUAAUAAAAAGGUUACCAUUAGUUACGGAGAGCCAAUAGACUUUAGUGAAUUAUUAGCGGAAUUACGGGCAUCUAAUGCUGAUGAAGUGCAAGCAAGGAAAGUCAUUACUGAUCGUAUUGAUGCUGAAAUUCUCAGAUUAAAAAUAAAAACCGAAGAAUUGCAUGUUAAACUUUGACGUUGCCAUAACUCAACCUAGUAUUCAAUUUUAAUCAAUUUCAUGUAAUUUAAAUAACAAGGUCGACAAUAUAAACAAGUCGUUUUUAUAAGUGCUCGGCAAUUUGAAAUUACAAUAGAAUAAAUUUAUUUAUUUAUUUUUUUUUUUUAAUGCGAACUUUAGUAUAACGAAAAAUUAUUCAAAAAUAUUUUUAAAAAACAUGAUAUAGCAUAAAUGAAAUUAAACGCGUCAUAAAAUUACAUGACAUACUUUUUAAUCAUGCGUAAGUCUUACUCAUUAACCUAUUUAGCUAUAGUAGUUAUAUUACAUUGACAUAUCAAUUAU